AUGUGGCCCCAUGCUGUCCCGCACGCUACCGUGGCUAGGAGCAGGGUGCUCACUAAGGUUGGUGAUGACUCGUGGGUGCCGUUGGAGAGGUGGCUUGGGAGGAAGCUGCCAGUGGACAUGCUGAGGGUGUUCGGUUGCAUGGCAGUCGCCCACGUCCCCAAGACCUACCGCAGUAAGUUGGGGGCAAGUGCAAUCUGGUGUGUACAUUUGGGGCUGGCUGUUGAGAGCAAGGGAUGGCUGAUGUGGGAACCUUCCAAGGGUGUGCUGUUUGACAGCAGGGAUGUGAAGUUUGUUGAGGGCAUGAUGUAUGGGAGCUGGGAGAAACAGCUAGAGGCCAGGGUGUCCCAGCAGAUGGAGCAGAUCACCAUGCAGCUGGACCUGACUCCUAGUGUGUGGGAGGAGGGAGAGGAGGCAACUGCAGAGGGUGGUGAUGGAGAGAAGGUGCAGGAGGCACCUGCUGGUGGAAGAAAUGGUGUGGAGACUGGCGGUAGCACUAAUGAAGCUGCUGGAUCCGAGGAAGGGAAGCAGCAGCAGGGGAAAACUAAGAAGCCGAAGGGUGUCGUUAUGAAGGGAUUGAAGACACCCGUCUCCAGGCCAGGAUGUACCCGUAUGGCUACUAAGAAGCUGACUGCAGGAUCAGGUGUAGCGGAGCAGCAGUUUGGGACCGAGGAGGCAUUGCUGAUUCUACCGCAUGGCUGUGACCUAGAUGAAGAGGAUGAACCUGCCUACUGUUUUCUUGCCCCUGCACCAAAGGAACCAGCUAGCAUGGAGGAGGCAUUAGCUGGACCAGAUAGGGAGAAGUGGCUGGUUUCUACGGAUGCUGAGUACCAGAGCCUGCUAGAGAAUGGGACAUGGGAGCUGAUGGUGCUGCCCAGUGGGAAGAAAGCCGUACAGUGCAAGUGGGUGCUAAGGAUCAAGACCGAUGACAAGGGACAGGUCACCAUCUACAAGAAUGCAGCCGUUAGUGGGAAAUUCAUCAUUCAGAUGGAUAUAUCAACGGCAUUUCUCAAUGGGAUUUUAGAGGAGGAUGUGUACGUGACGCAGCCGCCUGGGUAUGAGGAUGGUACAGGCAGGGUAUGCAAGCUGAAAAAGUCCAUCUACGGCUUGAAGCAGGCGCCACGCUGCUGGUACCAGAAGUUGGCAGCUGUUUUAGAGGAGAUGGGAUUGAGGACCAGCAGCUGUGAUGAGAGCCUCUUUCUCAAGGGAGAGGGGGAGAAGCUGGUGCUGUUUCUGGUUUACGCGGACGACAUUUUUCUCUUUAGUAGCAGCAUGAAGGAGAUCGAGAAUGUGCAGCAGCAGCUGAUGGAGAAAUUCAAGUGCAAAAACCUUGGGGAGGUGAAGUACUACCUCGGGAUGCACGUGGAGAGGGAUCCAGAUCACAGGUGGUUGAAGCUGCACCAGGAGAAGUUCAUCAUGCAAAUGGGAGAGAAGUAUGGGAUUGAGAAUGAGAGCAAGGUUGCAACUCCUCUGCCAGCAGAAUUCAAGCUUGUAAAGGCUGCAGAGGAUGAAGGGGUUGAAUCCGAGGAGCAGCAGCAAUUUCAGUCCUUGGUGGGCAGCCUCUUAUAUGCAGCAGUUCAUACGAGGCCCGACAUCUCUUUCUCGGUUGGGCAGCUGGCUAGGGUGGUCCAGAAUCCAUCAGAGGAGCAGAUGGAUGCAGCUGAGCGUGUGGUGAAGUAUCUGAACUCUCACCCAAGCAUUGGAGUUCAAUACCCCGCAUCUGCAUAUGUGAAGCAGAAAGGGGUUGAGGUGCUGAAAGAGAAGGGGGAGAGGCCUGGAGAAGGCAAACUCUAUCUCGCUUGCUUUACCGAUGCUACGUGGGCCUCUGAGAAGGAGGAUUCCUCAUCUGUGGGAGGAUACAUCUCUGUAGUUGGGGGAGGACCUGUUAGUUGGAGGUCAAAGAAGCAGACGGAGACGGCACUCUCUUCAGUGGAAUCAGAGAGCAUGCUGCUGUUCCAUGGGGUGAAGGAGGUGAUUUGGCUAAGGAGGCUGUUAGAGGAGAUUGGCCAGGAGCACAAAAUUGCUACACCGCUGUUUUGUGAUAGCAAGGGGGCUCUUGGUUAG